CACUGAUCUUUCAGCGUUAUUAGUAAACCCCAUCAUUAUGGUGGUGGUAGAUCAUAUUAAUGAGGUUGUGUUCCACCACAUAUUGUGUCAGUUUGGUCUUCCAGAAGACAUGCUCUUGGAUCCUGGUACCUACAUCAGUUCAUAACUUUGAAGGUCUUUAUGCAGCAGUGUAAGUGUCAAACCCAAUGGGCAGGUGGAGAGACCGAACAUAGAAUACAAGUGGCAUCUCUUUAGAUUAUGUAGGAGCUCAUACAUGGGAUUAGUGUAUGUUUUUCUAGAGUUUAUCAGACCUCAUGUCCUUUUUAAUGUUAUAUGGAGUUCUAUCUACCUCUGUUUCCAUGAAUCCUGGCCUGUGAUGAGGUUCAAGUUCCAGCAGUGGAUGAAUGGUUGUAACAGUGUAGGGACGACAUGUGAGAACGAUCAACCCAAAAGCUCCAAAUGCAAUAUAUAGAGUUUAGAAAUGAGAAACAAACAAGCAAGAAUAAGUGACCCCUAUAAUGACCCCUGUGACCUUUGGGAGAAAAAAGACACAAAUAAAGAGAUGAGUUUGUGAAGGUAAUACCCUUAAUACAUUUACAGCAUUUAUCAGACACCCUUAUUCAGGGUGACUUACAACUGAGAGGGUUAAGGGCCUUGCUCAGGGGCCCAGCAGUGGCAGCUUUGUGGACCUGGGGUUCGAACCCAUGACCUUCCAAUCAGUAGUCCAACACCUUAACCACUUAGCUAGCACAUUCCACAAUUCAUCUCCCAAACACCAGCUCUUAUUGUUAUUAAAGUAUCUCAUGCUUCUUCUUGGUGCACUUUACUGUCAGGUCCUACAAUAAUCAACGGCCAUGUCAAAUCCUGAUACUCAAAUACAUUACACACUUUGUUGGCCCAAAUGUUUAUUUCUCUUUACAGAAGAUUUAAUUCAGAUUAAAAUAGCAGCUGCAUUGAGAUAUACAAUAGGAAAAGACUUUAAACCACAUUUUAAUCAAACCACAUUUUCCAUUCUGGCCUUUUUGAUAUAUCUUUCUGUUUCACACCCCAAGACAAAUGCAGGAAAUUAUGGGGGUUGGUGUAGGUGUAGGAGACAAUUGUGUGCUUGUUUAAUACAUCAUUUAUUUUUAGAGCCAAGCUCAUUCUGGGGUGGGAUCAGUACAGACCGCCUUUAGUGUACAUAUCAGUUCAAACCGCGCUUGAAGGGCAUUUCUACUCUGAUGAGAAAUGAGAUACAGACACUGUAGUAUUUCUAUAUAAUAUAAAAAAAAAUGCUUUCUGGUUUCUGGGUUUUUGUACUGAUCUUCAACACCAUGUUCCAACCUGGUACACAUUUGGUUAACCCUCCAAAAGCACAAUCCUCCAAAGGGCCAAACGUUUAUCAGCAUGAUGCAAAGCUCAGUGUGAAUAUCGGAGACACGGCUACUCUACAGUGUUGUCUUUUAGGAAUAGGAACAGAAAAUGGAGAAAUUAUCUGGUUUAAGCAACAAAACGAAAAACAGCCUCAGGUUAUCUUCAGAUUCUUUAACACUGCCAGAGAAAAGUUUUACAAAGAAUUCCAAAAUUCUCGUUUUCAAAUGAAAAAAUUAUCAAACUGCUUCAAUUUGACCAUUUUAAACACCACCCUGUGUGAUGAAGCCACAUAUUACUGUGCGCUCGUGUCUACUGAUGGAACUCGUUUACAAAUGAAAGGUGAGCGUGUUAACGCUGAAACAUCUAAAGCAGCUCUGUGUGAUCAUUCAGUGGAGUGUGAACCAACACCGCAAGAAAACAACACUAACAAGGACACACGACACGACACAGUGAUCGGUUUGGGAUCGACUUUGGGUUUGUGCGCAGUUCUAAUUUUCUGUCUAGCUUAUUUCAUACUGAGGAGAAGAAAACUCGAUAAAACAAAACCUUCUGUAGGAGAUCCUUCAGGAAGGACGCAGGAAUCUGACAGUGAAACUCUGACGUAUACAACUGUACAUUUUACCAAAAGGAAAGACGAUAUUUAACUACGUUAUUUAACUACCUGCAAACAAAUAAAAAUAAAAAAUGUAAUAAUUGUUAA